AUGGAGAAGCCUCAUUCUGCAGCAAGAGGUUCGAAUCCAAGUUCCAACCACGACCGUAAGGAGAAAGAAGAACGAAAGAAGGGGAUUUGGAGAACUUCGUCGCAGCCUUCGUUAGGGGGAACCUAUCGAGGGAUUGAACCCCUCGGACCUAUGUGGAGUAUGCGUGCUUCCUCAACCAGGAUACCCUUUGGUGCUUUAGGCUCAGAACAUCGCCCAGAUCAACCACUCAAUAUCUCAUUCUCCCUCCUGAACGGCCAUGUUGGUAAGGAUCAUACAAGGGAUGACGUCAUGGUUGAUGAUUGUGACAUCAUAAGAGGUUUCAUGGCGGGAAACAUUGAGAGGAUUCCAAUCCAGGAGGGACCGAUGGAAGGGACGUUAUACGUACCAACAGACCGAGGUUCAAAGCCUCUUCCUGCUAUUCUUGAUUUCCGAGGAGCAGAAGAAGGCAAUCAUGAACAUCUUGCAGCUCUUCUUGCUUCUCAUGGUUAUGUUACCAUGACAACAGGAUUCCCUCUUCAAAGUGACACCCUCAUCAAUAUCAAUUGUCUUGAGCAAUUAUUCCACCGCCUGGCUUACCACAGGAUGGUUGAUGAGAGUCGAAUCGGUGUGUUAUCAAGGGGAGAUGGUGUUGCCGUUGGUCUUGGCGUAGCUUCUCAUCUUAACCACCUUCCCCUACAGUGUUUAGUGGGUAUCAAUGGAGUCAGCUUUAAUACCUCAUUCGGCUGGAUUCUACCCGAUGGUAGUAAAACCAAUUUCUACCCGUACUAUGAGAGAGCUAAAUCAUAUAAACCAACCAAUGGAUCAGUCAAACUCUGCUCUCAAUUUGAUCCUUUCAGGAUCGAAUCAAUAUUGAGUAAAACACCAGAUUGUUUUGUGCCGGUUGAAAAUACCUCCAUUCCUUUGAUGAUGUUUAGUGCCAGAGAUAAUCCUUAUCUACCAUCGCAGUACUGUAUGGAUGAGCUGAAGUCACGGUUACGUCAUAUUGGGAGGAGUGACCAGUUGGAGGUGAUUGAAUAUUCGGACAUUGGUCAUCUUCUUGACCCUACCUAUGUAUCUCAUGUCCAUUCAUCAUGGGUUGCGAAUAGCAUGGGGAGGAGAGUCGACAUCACAUGCACGAUCACAGAGAGACAUGUGGGAACGAACUUUGGCUUUCUUUAA